UUCAGUGUCUAAAAAUGUUUUUUUUUGAAAUGACGAACUGCAUAGUUUCUAUUAAGCAUUGAAGACUUUUCCAACUCAUUAUCAAUCCAUUGUUUCUACCAUUCUAUAUUCAUCUGCUCUUCCUCAAAACUAAAAUAGUACACAUACAUCUUCGAGUCAAAUUUUUUUUCGCAUUCUUCCUUCCUUGAUGAGGCACUUUAUCCACGCUUAUCUAUCCUUGAUGGGAAUUUUAUCCAUACUUUUCCUUCCUUGGUGGGCAUUUUAUCCACACUUUUCCUUCCAUAACCUAUGUUUUAUCAACAUUCUUCCUUCCUUGAUGGGCAUUUAAUCCACACUUUUCCUUUCGUAACUACAUGUAAAGAGUUCACCAAAAGGCACCUGUAAUGAUCACGCAUCGCCAUACAUCAUACAUAGUUAAUGAAUUAUUAUAACCUUGAAAAAAAUGAUAUGAGCUCACAGAGCUUUAAAGAAACAGCGCACAUAAUUUGUUUGUUCUCGUUAAUUAACUAGCAAGCAUGUCGUCUUCCCGUUUUCGGCGGCAAAUCAAUUAUAAAAGAGUAUUUGCAGAGUCAUCGAGGAGUUUUUAGAAUAUGAAAGUGGUUGGCUAAUGAAGAGUGAUGGAAAACUUAAUAUUCUAAGACCUUUUUAAUUAGCAUCCCCUGCAGCGAGCCAAAAAAUCAACUGUUUCGUUGAAGUUCAUUCAUUUCCAUGCAGGUGUGUUUCAUAUAGUUUCUGAACACGUACAAGUACUUUUUAUUUAUUCUUACUUGAGAAAAUAUCAUCAUCGAAAGUGACACGAGAAAUGCACAUGUGCGUGUAACUUUCGUUGGUGUUGAUUUGGGGGACAGUAAACAAAUAUUUAUCGUUUUAUAAGAUGUGUGUUGACGCCUAUUUUAAUGAGCAGUUUUGAGUUUGUUAAAAAAGGUUUUAUAGUAAUUAACGUGCUUAAAUAACACAUGAAGCUGGUCAUUAAAAUACCUCAGUACGAAAAAAGUUUUUGAAAGAACAUGCGGAUUGAUUGAGCCUCCUCAUUCUCAUAGCUUUGAUUUUUUGUCCUUUUCGAUCCAUUUGGCCAGGCGACUCUGGCUGAUAUGGCCCACCUGUGUCAUACAUUUGACGACCAAUCAAAACGCUGCUUGAUGUGCACUUGUGCCGCAUGCUUGAAGAAUAAAAAAGACAGUGUCUUGUGCGAUGCCGAUAGAAAGCUAAUUCUCUCCAAAAGAUGAACAGGACACCUUUCUACGGCUUUUCUAAUAUAAACUAUGGUUUGUCGUUUGACCCUUCUCCACCGAAUCAUGCUACUUUUGCAACGCAAAGAACAACGGAUUUGUGUAAUGUCCCAUCAAGAAAAUUGAAAAUGGCUCAGCGAUUGCAUCAACCAGUUAAACAAGACAGUUUUCCACAACAAGAAAAACGUAAGACGACUGCAAACCGCUCGCGGACAUUGUACAAUAAACGGUUGUUGGUUAACGCCCGCGAACGGGAACGGAUGAAAACUCUUAAUAAAGGUUUCGAGAAUCUUCGUAACGCUUUGCCUUGUUACAUUGCCGAUGGUCAUAUUUCAAAGAUUACGACAUUGAGGCUUGCUAUCAACUACAUCAAAACUUUAAGUGCUGUGCUGCAAGACGCUGGCAGCAGUGAAACACAAUUUUUGCUCGAGCAACAGCCUUUACUGGCCAUACAACCUUGUUCUGAUAGCUCAUCCUCUUGGCUUGCCACUGAUAAUGGAAAAAACUCUGAUGAUACUGCUUUUGAAGCACCAGAAAAUAAUCUAACAUCAAAUGAUCUAAAAAGCAACCGCGAUAUCUGUGAAACGUCUUUAUAAACUUGUGAAUGCGUUUUCGCGUUUGAAACGCGUGCGACGUCGUUCAAGCGGGGACUAAAGUUAUAUAUUUUAGUCUAACUUUUUUCCAGAAAAUAAGUACGGAAUUCUAUAAGUGACGACGGAAUUAUAAUUUGAUAAAAAUGAGCUCGUAUAGAAGUUAAAGUUAUUUUGCAAUCGAUAUAUACAUAUGUACGUUAUGUAAAAGCAUGUGGGAAAACUCGGCUUCAGUUUAGAAAAGUGGCUAAUUUAACAUUAACAUAGCUAUAAAUUUUAAUUUCUACAAGAUCGAAAAAAGUUGUAUACAACACUUUCGGUUUUACGAAAAAAUAUAUUUAUGUCAUUUUA